AUGAAUUCGCUCAGAAAGUUUUGGGCCUCCAGAGUCUCAUUCUACCACUCCGACCAUUCCAUAUCGUUGACAAAUCGCUCGAAUCAUACAGUUACACUACCAGACUUAUGCAAGGAUUCGACACCACCGUAUCAACCUAGCAUCAUCCUCUUCAAUGGACAUCUUCAAACUAUAUGGACAGCUUUAAGGCCUACCGGGGUCGUUGUGCGCUACAAGCGCAAAAUGUUCAAGUCAGAGGAUGAUCUAUACCCAGGGACCUUCGCUGUUGAUUUUGUCAACCAGGACGAAAGUGAAACAAAAGAAGAAGAAGAAGAAGAAGACUCCUCAUUGCCUCCACAUAUCACAUACUACAGAGACCAUGACGCACCCUUUGGCUCACUCGACAGCAAGCCGAUGUUGGUCGCAUUGCAUGGAGUCGCUGGUGGUUCUCACGAACCAUACAUCAAGCAUGUCUUGGCGCCGCUGGUUGCUAGUGGAUGGGAAGCAUGCGUCGUUGUAUCGCGUGGUUGUGGCGGGACUGAUCUGACAAGUCCGCUGUUAUACAAUGCACGGUCUACGUGGGAUCUGAAGCAGACGGUCGCGUUCUUGCGGCGUAGGUAUCCCAAUCGGCCACUCUAUGCCAUCGGUUUCUCUAUUGGGGCAAACAUCUUAGUAAACUAUCUUGGCGAGGAAGGCGAGAGAUGCGGUAUCAGAGCCGCUGUGGUAUGCUCAAACCCGUGGAAUUUGGAGGUUGUUGUCAACGCACUCCGACGAAGUUGGAUGGGCCUCAACAUCUACUCACACGCCUUAGGAAACGGAAUGAAACAGAUUUUCCAGCAACACGCUCAGAUGGUCUUGAGAAAUAGUAGGAUUGCUGCUGCCGCAGUCGAAAAGAUUCGAUACUCAUUCGACUUCGAUAUUGCUGUGCAGCUACCCAUGUGGGGUUAUCCAACGACUGGGACGUAUUAUAGGGACGCGUCAUCAGUUGAUGCAGUACUUGCAGUGAAGGUACCCCUCUUUGCUCUGAAUGCUGAAGACGAUCCGAUUUCUCACCACGAAGCCCUGCCAUUUGAGGAGUUUCGCAACAAUCCAUACACUGUCCUCUGCACAACCUCCUCUGGCGGUCAUCUUGGCUGGUACGAAUCAGAAGAGCAAAGAUGGUUCGCCAAACCGGUAUGCGUCCUUGGAGUCCCUCCAGGCUACUAA